ACUCUAAUAUAAACUAAAAUUCAGUCAGUACCACUCAGUAGUCACUUUCAUCAACCAACCAUUUAAAUUUUCAGCCAAAUCAUAGUUUCAUCCAUCCAUCCACACAGUAUUAUCGGCAUUUUAUCUUUUUUUCAGUUAUUAUUAGUUUGUGGUAUUUGUUGUCAUUGGUGCUAAAUAGCGAACAAUACUUUAUUUGGUGUGAACUGUAAUUUACUGGCAUCGUUAGAAAGUUGUAUUAAAGGAUGGCACGAGGUCAGCAGAAACUACAAUCACAGGCAAAAGCUGCAGAGAAGCAAUCAAAACUGAAGAAACAGCAGGGACACAGCGCCAAUGACCAGAAAAAGGCAGCGCAGAAAGCCCUUGUCCAUGUCUGUGUUGUGUGCAAGGCACAGAUGCCCGACCCUAAAACCUACAAACAGCAUUUUGAAAACAAACAUCCCAAGAAUGACCUUCCAGAAGACUUGAAAUCCAUCUAACGCCUAUGACUAUUCUGUAGAUUUAACAUUUAUUUAACUUUUAAGAAUUGUAAAGAUAUCUUCAUAUUGAAACUGCUAUUGUUUAUUUCAUUAUGAUGCUAAGUUUUUUUUAUUAACUAAAUGGAGUGAGCACUUGAACGGCCACAUUUAUUUGAUGGCAUGUAGUAUUUCAUUGUAGGAGGUACUCAUGUAUCCUGGUGCAAGUCUAUUUAGUAGCUUGCAACUUCAUUUUCUGGUACUUACCUAUUGUGUUAAACCUAUAGCAGUACCAACUAUCUUCCAUUUUCCAUCUGUUUUCUGUUUUUAAUAAUAUUAAAUUAAACAAAAUGCCUAUAUUACUUUUUAUGUAAUAUUAAACUACAGCUUAACUACCUAUUUUUCUUGUAAUUUUUGGUAUAAUACCUGGCACUUAACUUGGUAAUAACUUGUGGUAGUGGAGUAAUUUAUGGUUAAGUUUUAAUUAUUUUAUGGUUAUUGCCAUUAUUUAGUUUUAGACUAAUCUCUUGGAAGAAGUUUAAAAUAUGUCAAGGAAUUAAUGAAAGUUUAAGUUACUACCAAAAAUCCUUGCCAAGUUAUAUGCCAGCUAUUUUAUACCUUGAACCUUACUAUUGAUUUCAAGCACUAACUUACAAUAGGAGAAUAGGGUCAACAUUUAUUACAAAUAAAAAAAUCUUUUUUA